UUUGACGAAACAAGUCAAAUUAUAGAUAAGUACAAAGUAAGUUACGGGAUUUAUGCUGAUGAUGUUUUAAUAUAUACCAAAGAGGACAGCCUUGAAACGGUUCAGGCGAUUUUUUGUAAAGUCCUUAAUGACAUUACUGUCUGGUCGGCUCAGUCAGGAGCGAUUAUAUCAUAUGAGAAGUGCAAUACCAAUUAUAUCAUAUGAGAAAUGCAAUGUCAGCAGUUUGAAAAUAUUAGGCGUUUUAUUUGAUUGUAAAUACACUUUUAGGUUUCACUGUAAUUAUAUUAGAAAUAAACUUAUCAAACGCCUCAAUAUUAUAAAAUAUUUUUCGUCUAAAAAAUCAUUUGUUCAUACUACUACACUUUGUAAUAUUGUUAAAGCAUUAUUUUUAACUGUAAUUGACUACGCGCUGCCAAUCUAUGGAACCUGUGCCAAAAGCAACUUAAAUCUUCUCAGUGCUCCAUAUUACGCAGCGGUGCGGAAAAGCUUACGGGCCUUCACCACCACCCCCGUCGACAACAUGCUAACUGAAUCUGGACUCCCUAGCAUAAAUGAGAGAAUCGAAUACAUGACUGCAAGCCUUAUAUACAAAAUUUUAUGCUGCAGUAACAGCCACCUCUUUGACGAAAUACUUAAAGCUUCCAAUCGAAAGUAUCUUCCAAAGCGGCUCUCAGCGAUACACCGUGUACUGAUCACUGCCAAGAAAUUAAAUGUAUCAGUUAAACCAACUCGGAAAGUGAACCCAAACUACCCGCCUUGGCUGCUGUCAGACUUAUCAAUUGAAACCCGUUUACAAACAUUUCAGAAGCAAAACACCUGUCCACAACUUUACGCGCAAAAUUUUCUGGAAUAUAAAGCUGAGCUAAGUCAAAAAGCAUUCAACUUUAUUUUUACCGAUGGUUCGAAAACCAAAUUUUCAACCUCAUUUGCAGUAGUCUCUGAAAACCUUGAUGUUUUAAGAAAAGGUAUCCUGCCUAAUCAUUGCUCCAUCUACACCAGUGAAAUCUUUGCUAUCCAUCAAGCCGCCUUAAUUGCAUCGAAAACCAAGGGCAAUUUCUGCAUUUGUACUGACAGUCGGUCUGCCAUUGAUGCCCUCUGGAAAUUCAAAAAGGACAGCGUUCUAGUAACCCACACCAGGGAUUUGCUAAUUAAACACAAAAACAAAAUUAAAUUGAUGUGGAUUCCUGGCCAUUGCGGCAUCCAAGGCAAUGAACUAGCUGACUCUGUUGCGAAGAGUCUUCAUAAUAACCCAGCUAUCUGUUUUGACACUCUUGAAAAGGCCGAUUUGUCGAGACAUGUACGGCAGUAUAUUAACAAUAAAUCCUUACUAAAGUGGAAAGAAUAUGUUCACCAUUAUGCAGAUAUUAAUCCAACAAAAAUUAGGCCUACUUUUCCUUCCGAUGCUAAACAGUCAGACAUUCUCGUUUUCACAAGACUUCGUUUGGGCCACACGCAGAUCACUCACGGACAUCUUCUUAGUCAUGGAGUAUCAUUAUGCAACGUUUGCGGGGCAAUGAGCACAUCUGUGAAGCAUAUCUUGGACAACUGCCCUCGUUUUUCUAUUCAAAGGCAACGGAUUUUUGGCUCGACUGUUCCAUCACAACUUCUUUCCGACACUGCAGCACUUAACAUAAGCAAGAUAUCUAGUUUUAUAGCCUCAUGCAACCUAUCUCAUUUAAUUUAGUUAACCUUAACUGUAUAAUAUUUGUAAUCCAUAAACGAAAUGUAAAUUAGUAUUUCUUUUGUAAAACCAGCUGAUGGCCUCGAGCUAGUGCUGUUUUUUUUUUUCUUGUUUCCUGUAUAUUUAUUGUGCAUGAAAUAAAUAAAUAUCUAUCUAUCUAUUGUCUUUUUAGCUCUCCAGUUUCUGUCUGUUAUUCUGUAAGCUGCUGCGAAUUUUGUUAAUUUAUCAAUUACUGUUACAAAUGAUUGCUUAUUGAAAUGAAAUAUAUCUACAUGAAGUAUCUCAUUUUUAUUGGUUGGAGUUUCAGUUAGGUGAAAUUUAGGUUUAGUGGGUUUCCUAUCGUAUUGGAUUUGUUGGCAUUUUUGGCAAUUAUUUACUAUCAAUUGUAUUUCUUCUUUGAA